AAUGUGGUUCAAACUCGUGCUUUACUGUAUCAGUUUUGUAAUAAUGGCACCCAUCAUAUUGGGAAAUCGUGCCAAUAAUGACCAGAUCCACAAACCCAAGAUGUUGAACCAGAGUGCACAAGCCAAAUCUGCCCAGGAACACCUAGAGGAAGCUUUUGAAGAACAGGGCUACUACUUGCAACGCCUAUUCCUGCAUUAUGGAGAAAAUGGGACUCUGACCUAUGAGGGUCUGCAGAAGCUACUGGGCAGUUUGGGUUUGGGAGAGGUCAGUGUGUUGGAGAUACAACAUAGUGGAGUGAAGCAUUCUUCUCCAGCUUUAUCCCAUUCCCACUUACACGAAGACCAACAUCAUCAUGAACCUACAAACACACCACCAUACAGAGAAAGUCCUCACAUUGAAUCGGAGGUUAGUGGAUCUUCUGGAGAAUGGCAUCACUCGAAAUCUGACUAUUUCCCAUACCCCGGCCUGAGACAGAGACCUGAAAAAACUAUCUCGUUGCCAUCAAAGCACCCAACAGAGAAACACUUUCAUGGGAAUUGUCUGAAUGUGACCCAGCUCCUGUGGAACUUUGGGCUUGGUCAAGCAGCCCAUAUCACUCCUGCCCACUUUACCUUCAUCUGCCCUGCUCUCCUCUACCAGAUUGACAGCGGGGUUUGCCUGCGACACACCGAGGUCAAUGGACAGGACAACAGAACCAGUCAAGGUUUCCUCAGAGCACUAGGAUGGGCUUCCCUGGCACUUUUUGUGAUCAGUCUGCCCUCCUUGUUCGCCUUGGGAUUGGCACCUCUGAUUCACCCUUCCAGCCUGCAGACGUUCCUCUGCCCGAUGGCUGGCAUGGCAGUGGGUACUCUCUGUGGAGAUGCCCUCCUCCACCUUCUGCCCCAUGCCAUCUUCAGUCAGCACAAUGAACCUCAGGAUGCUGUUUUAAAGGGUCUGAGUGUGCUGGGGGGACUUUAUCUUCUUUUUGUGUUUGAGAGUCUUUUGAGGCUUAAGCAACAUUUCAAGAAAAGAAAACCUGAUGCUGAAUCUGGAAGAGAGUUGGAUGCACUAAAUGGUACUACAUCAACCAAUCAGAACGAGAGUUUAGAGACUGGGCACGGGCAUUCUCAUGAGGGGCCCGUGUCAGGGCAGAUAGGGAUUAAAAGCAUGGCAUGGAUGGUGGUCAUGGGAGAUGGGAUACACAACCUUACUGAUGGACUAGCUAUUGGUGUUGCAUUUUCUCAGAGCCUGACUGGUGGACUCAGCACCACAAUUGCUGUUUUCUGCCACGAGUUACCCCAUGAACUAGGGGAUUUGGCAGUGCUGCUGGCUGCCGGCUGGCCCGUGCGCAGGCUGGCUGUGUUCAGUGUCAUCUCUGCCCUGCUGGGAUUUGUUGGUGUGUCAAUAGGAACAGCACUGGGGAACCAGUAUGCAGCGCACUCUCCAUGGAUUCUCACCAUUACGGCUGGGGUCUUCCUAUAUGUUGCGCUUGCAGACAUGAUGCCUGAAAUGCUUCAUGGUGAUGCUGGAUCUCAAAGUCCUCUAACGCGAUUCUUCCUGCAGAGCCUGGGCCUGCUGAUAGGGGGUGCCAUCAUGCUUUGCAUUGCCUUAUUUGAGGACCACAUUGCUGUCAGCCUGGGAGAUUUAUGAGACUUAAAGACAACCAAAUGGAGUUGCAUUUACAGUAUGUCACACCAGCAUGAGAGUUUUGGCUGAACACCACAGUAUUGUGUAUCUCAUCCUAUAUCUGACCUACUGACUGAUGCUCUGAAAUGCACUAAAUGGAUGAUGGGGCACAUACAUAAACUUUGGUCAAAUUUUUGUACAUUCUGUUAAAAAUGUGUAUGCUAAGUUUCUUUAAGAUUUGUGUAUUUUUUUCAAACAUUUUCUUAUGAACUUCUGUAUAUUAUACCAGUGGUUCUGAAACUGGGGGCUGUGAGAUGAUGCCAGGUGGUCACAGUUUUAUGACAUUUUAUAUAAUACAUUAUAUUACCAUAAAUUCUGUAUAAUUAAUUAGACUUAUGAGGUGUCAUGAAACAUUUUGAUAAAAAGUAAAUGCUAUCAAAAUAAGAAGCAUACAGUUACAAACAUCACUUCAUGUACUAUUUUGCACAUGAUUUCAAAUGACAUCAUACAAACCAAUUUUGUUGUUUUUUCCCCCACAUUUAAGGGAAAAAUUUGGAUUACCGCAACGUGUUCAUGACUGGAUUUGGGUUCUUUGACAUGGAAGUAUUUUUUAAUUAAAAAAUCAAAAAAGUAAAAAGCUUCAGUGCAUGUUAUACUUUAAACAUUUACAGUAAAGAAACAUGCGAUCAUUUUUAAAUGGAAAGACAAUAAUAAGGAAUAUAAAUUUUCUCAUUCUCCGCAACAAUUUUCAAGCAUUGUUUAAGCCCUUAGGGAACUAACAUUUUCAAAAAAAAAAAAAAUUAGUUGGAAGGGACAUAAUUGACUGUGACACUGAAGAUGGCUACCAUGUAAGCAGUUCUUAUUUUUUCUCUUCAGAUAAAAGUUACAAUUUUGUUUGUCAUAGUACCUAGACAACUUUUUAGUUCUCAUUACCAAAACAUGAGUUUGCAAAUGCAUAUAUUUAAUGUAAUAUCAUGUUGCGGUAAUGAUAAUUUUUGAUAAUGAUAAUCUAAAAAAUGUAAAUAAUUCUAUAGGAAAUAUUUUUAAAUCCUCUAAAAAUAAUGGUUAUAUCAAGUUUAAACUUUAAUCUUAUAUGUUGAAAAAUAAAUUGGCUUCAAUGGCUUUUUUAAAAUUCUGACGCUGGACACCUUCUAAAUCAGAAUUUCGUGAAAAUCACCCAACAGCACUACAUUGUCUAAUUUCAUGUUUUGUUUAAAUCAAAUUUUAUGUUUUAGAAGUUUUAUGUCAUAAUUUUCUUUGGGGGGCACCAUGCCGAAAACAUUUGAGAACCACUGCAUUAUACGCACAAAAGUAAAAAAUAACCUUUCUGUUCUAAAUAACGAUUUUAGACAUUAGACAUAGUUUGUCCCAUAAAUAUUUAAAAAUUGCUUAGGAACUUGUAAUAAAAAAGUUAUAAGAAUUUAUAAUGCAAACAUUUAUACUUUGUUAUGAACAGCAAAUGUAAAUUUUUUACAUUACAGAAAACUUUAUUAUGCAUUAUUACCAAACUUUAAGCAUUAAAGGAAACGGUACAAACACACACAACGACAACUUGUAUGUAGCAAUAGCAUUUUAUUUAAACAUUACCAAUUCUAAGCCACGAUACUGAACGACGAGACCUACUGGCUGCAGCAGUUCAUAAACCUGACUAACAAAAACAUAUGGGAUUUUUUUUUGUCUUUAAAGUCAGAGAGACCAAUUCAUUUUUAAUACGCUUAAAUUAAAAAUGACUAUGUUCUUCCUUACUUAAAUACA